GGGGGGGGUUGGUGUGUAAUAAAAUGAGCAGCAGGUGGGACACUCCUUAAUUCCACCAACCACCUCGGCCUGAAGGAAGGGCACACCCUGUUGCUGCUGGCGGGCGCGAAAAGGAUAUGAAAUAAUAACCCGAACCGGACCGAGGGUGGCGUUCUCGUUCGGUUCGGGUGUUGAUGUGUCCGCACACCCACAUACACGCGAGAACGACUUUCGCCUGGUAAAGGCGUACGCUUCCCGCAGGCCGAGCUUCAGUCGUGUGGCUUCAACCGUCCCAGUCGAUAACGGUUUUUGGCGUCCAACGUUUUGUGUGCGCAACAAAGUCCUUCCGUGUCUUGCCUUUUACUAGUCCAGCAAUCCAGUCCCACCAGUGACGCGACAUCACAGCGAAGAGACGAUGGGCGACGAGAUGAGUGUCGAGCAGGAGGCGGAAGCGAUCCUCGAGGCGGAAACGAGCUUCGGGAUGCGCGUGUGGCAUCUGCUGUUCCUGUCCUGCGGCUCCGUGCUCGGCGUCGUCAUCAUGCUGUGCUGCUGCAUCCGGUUCCGCAUACCCCGCACCAAGCAGGACAUCGAGGCGGACUACCAUCGCAAGAAGCUGACGCGCAAGUUUCGCGAACGGCUGGACUGCAUGAACAAUGCGGACAUCGACGAGAUGGACCUGAUCAAGGCGCUCGAGCGCGUGCGGGAAGAGUACGCGGCGGAGCAGGAGCGGCUGCAGGCGGGCAAGGAGGCGGCCGAAAACAAGGACAAUCAAGCGAUCGUGACCGUGUGCGACCAGGUUUAAGACGUGUGGUGGCGGUGGAGCACGUGGGGUUAGUGAAGGUGAAUUAUGUUUUAGUUCCUUGUACUUGAGCGUAUUGGCUGAUAAGGUUUAUGCAAGACAAUUGGAAGCACUUGAUGAACUCGAAUAGUUUUAAAAUUGAUAAACUAUAGUUCGUUCAGCUUGAUUGGAACGUAAUUUGGUACAAAAUUGACAGUAUUUAUCGGCAUACUUGUGUAGUAAGUGGUCAUACGAGUUUUAUCGGCAUUUUCUGCUAAGUUUUGUUACUGAUUUGAAUUCUGUAAUCGAAGAAAAAUAAAUUAAAAUACAACUCAUUUCGUAAUCGUUUAUCGACUAGCCGUUUUUGGAAAAGAAAAUGCAUCAUGAGGGGAUUGAAUGGCAAAUAAUAUUUAGUAAUCGAACAAUCCUCGUAACCCAUCACCAACAAUUGAAUUUUCUUUCUCCCUUGCGCAAUUGCUAAGAAGUUGUAUUGCUAACAAUAAAUUCAGUGUAAUAUAAAGUAUUUUAUAAUAAGUACUUUAUAGUUAAAGAAGAAAGUAGCUUCUAAUAUCCAGAUUUCUACGGUCAACGGUCACAUUUGCUCCAUUUCAAAUCAAACGCCCGAAUAAUCGAAACGCACGGAUUAUUUAAAACAAUGACAUCCUCGACGCCUCUACUGUAACCUGUCAGGCAGCCCCCGAACGUGACAUUUUUCAUUCGCAUCGCCGUUCCUUCGUCGGGGCACGAAAAGUUGUGUGAGGAAAAGCUAAAAACAUUCCAUCGACUCCAUUUCCAAAGUGCAGUUGGGAUUUUGGUUGUGUGCAACGAAAGUUUCAUUUUCCCCGUAGUUGAUUGCAAAAGUGCCUCUCGCCAGUGUGGGUGUGUGUGCAUUAGAAC